AUGCUUACGAUGCGGAUGCCCCGUCUGCUGCCGCUGUACCCGGUGCUGGGGCUGCUCGGCGCGUGCGCCAACGCCUUCGCGCCGGUGAACAUCUGCAACUCGUCCAUCUACUGCGCCGGCGACCUCCUCCACAGGGUGCAGCUCGCGCGCAUCUUCGACGACUCGAAAACGUUCGUCGACCGCAAGCUGAGGCACUCUGAGAAUGAGACGCUCGCCGACUACGCUAAACUGAUCCACGACACGGAGCAUAAUCCGUCGAGGCAGCAGAUAAUGGAAUUCGUUGAGGCGCACUUCGAGGAGGGCAACGAGCUGGAAUACUGGAUGCCGCCCGACUUCGACCCCGAACCGCCGAUUCUCAACCGCAUCGCCGAUCCCAAGCUGAGGCUGUUCGCGAAACACGUGAUCGGCCUGUGGGCUAAAUUGGGCAGGAAAGUGAACCCCAACAUCAUGCUGCAUCCCGGUCAGUACAGUUUCAUUUACGUGCCCAACGGCUUCAUCGUCCCCGGGGGGAGGUUUAAGGAGCUAUACUACUGGGACUCCUAUUGGAUGAUACGCGGGCUCUUGCUUAGCAACAUGAAAGACACCGCGCGCGCCAUGAUCGAAAACCUGCUCUACCUCGUCGAAAAACUCGGCUACAUACCUAAUGGCAACAGGAUCUAUUAUUUAGGGAGGAGUCAGCCGCCCUUAUUGGCGGCGAUGGUCGCGAGCUAUUUCGCCGAGACCGGCGACCUCGGCUGGCUGGAGCAACACAUCGGAACCGUUGAAAAAGAGCUGCAGUACUGGCUAGACAAUAAGAAAGUAACCGUGGAGGUGGACGGCAAGAAGUACCUCCUGCUCCGGUACCUAUCCGACGCCAAUUUCAAAGGACCUCGGCCCGAGUCUUACUUCGAGGACUACACGCACGCCCGCGGCCUGCCCAACGAAGAAAAGCGCGAGGACUUCUACGCAGAGAUCAAGAGCGCCGCCGAAAGCGGCUGGGACUUCUCAUCCCGUUGGUUCGUGACUGCGGGUGACGACAUAAUGGGCAACAUAACCGACGUGCACGCGAGCCAAAUCAUCCCGGUCGAUCUGAACGCGAUAUUCGCGGGGGCGCUCGAGCACGUGGGCAACUUCCGCAGCCGCCUGAAGGACAGACGCAUGGCGCAGAAGUGGUGGAGCCUCGCGAAGUACUGGCGGAGUGCGAUACAGCGCGUGCUGUGGGACCAAGCGGACGGCGUGUGGUACGACUACGAUUCGAUGGCCCAAGCGAAGAGGAGGCACUUCUACCCGAGCUGCGCCACGCCCCUGUGGACCAGAGCCAUUGAGGACUACGACGCUCCGAAGUACGCGUCGCUUUUAGUCAGAUAUCUCCUCUCUUCCGGCGCCCUAGACUUCCCCGGCGGCAUUCCCUCGUCCAUUUUGAACUCCGGCGAGCAGUGGGACUACCCGAAUGCGUGGCCGCCGACUCAAAGCAUCUUGAUCGGCGGUUUGGACAGCAGCGGGGACGACGAGGCGAGAGUAUUGGCGAAAGAGCAGGCCAUCCUGUGGAUUUGCGCCAACUACAUCGGCUAUAGCAAUUGGAAGAAGAUGUUCGAGAAAUACAGCGCAGUCCAACCGGGACACCAUGGCGGCGGUGGGGAGUACGAAGUGCAAGAUGGCUUCGGAUGGACCAACGGCGUGGUUCUGGAACUACUCGACAGAUACGGCAAUGAGCUAUCGAUAAAAGAACACCUCAAGACGUCGUUGCCUUACGUUCGACAAAUACUA